AGGAAAUAAUAUUGUACGAGAGGCUAUGCACUCUGCAUUUCUCUACCACGCUAUCCAGCAUGGUAUGGACAUGGGUAUUGUCAAUCCCACUAUGCUAGAGGUCUAUGAUGAGGUGCCGAAAGAUUUGAUGAAUUUGGUCGAAGAUGUGCUCCUAAAUAGAAACGAUGAAGCUACAGAACGCCUUCUGGAUAAAGCCGAAUCACUGAAAGACACCAAAAAAGAUGUUCAAGUCAAUGUGCUAGAAUGGCGCACGAAAAGUAUAGAAGAGCGAAUCAACCACGCUAUUAUCAAAGGAGUAGUCGAGUUUAUAGAUGAGGACACCCUCGAAGCUCUAGAAGCAUACAAAGAACCUAUUCGAGUCAUCGAAGGACCACUGAUGGACGCUAUGGGU